CCAAUUGUCAGUAUAUAAAGAACUACGAUGUCUUGAUAAUUAUCAGUUAUCCAGCAGCUUUCAGCAACCGUAAGCAUUCGUCAAGUCUUAGAAAAAUACAAAUAUAUUCAAUAUGAAAUUCCAAGUGUCAAUUGUAUUGUUCGCUGUGGUCAUGUGCCUAGUUUCUGCCGCCGAAGAGGCUAAACCUUCUUCUAACCAGCCUGCCACUGGUACCGACCGAAGCAAGCGGGGACUUCUUGCCGCUCCAAUAGUAGCAUCUCCUUAUGCUGCCGUAGCCACUCCAUACGCAGCUCCAUAUGUUGCUGCUCCAUAUGCCGCAGCUCCAUACGCUGUCGCUGCUCCGUACGCCGCACCAUACGUAUCAUCAUACAGCACAUAUCCAUAUGUGGCUAGGACAUUUGCUUCACCAUAUGCUUACUAUCCAUGAAGACACAAAACAUAAUUCAUUCAAAAUUCUUUAACAACUUUUAUCCAGAAAUUACCCAGUUUCAAUUUUUUACAUCUUCUAUUUUGAUUGUUAAAAUAUUAAGCCAAAAUUGAUUACUUUAAUAAUAAAAUUCUAUUCAAUUAUUUUUGAUAAAGAAAACAAUUUUUUUAUUCGAUUUGAAUACAUAAUUUUUAUAAAUAGUAAUAAUGAUAUUGAAAAUUAAAUUGAUGUUGAAAAUA